AUGAUGUUUGUCUGCUCAAACAUUAAAGGGAAACUUGUGGGUUUGAGGAUGCCCAGCAGCACGACAGCUGCCAAUAGGAGGGGCGGGCGGUCCCCAGGCGGGCGGGCGCAGGGCGCAGGGCGUCGACCUGCCGGAGAGGGGGCCCGGGCCCGAGGCAGAGUCCCGGCGCGCGGCCAGGCUGGCGGAGGCCCCCGGCAGGCUGCAGAUUCCCUCCGGCCCCGGGAGCCGCAGCAGGACCGGCCAGGAGGCGCCACGGAGGGGAGCCCCAUCCCGGUGCUGACAGUGCCCACCGCGCCCUACGAGGACCAGCGGCCGGCCGGCGGCGGGGGUCUGCGGCGACCUACCGGCCUCUUCGAGGGCCAGCGCAACUACCUGCCCAACUUCAUCCAGAGCGUGCUGUCGUCCAUCGACCUGCGCGACCGUCGGGGCUGCACCACGGUGGUGGGCAGCGACGGCAGGUACUUUAGCAGGACAGCCAUCGAGAUCGUGGUGCAGAUGGCCGCGGCCAAUGGGAUUGGACGACUGAUUAUUGGACAGAAUGGCAUCUUGUCUACACCUGCGGUCUCCUGCAUUAUCAGGAAGAUCAAGGCAGCUGGUGGAAUCAUUCUAACAGCCAGCCACUGCCCUGGAGGACCAGGGGGAGAGUUUGGAGUGAAGUUUAAUGUUGCCAAUGGAGAUAUUGGUGGAGGCUUCAGUGGGAGAUGGCUUCACUGGAGAUAUUGCGAUUGAUGAUCUGUCAUUUAUGGACUGCACCCUCUACCCUGGUAAUUUGUCAGCAGACCUCCCAACUCCACCAGAAACGUCAGUUCCUGUAACAUUACCUCCACACAACUGCACAGACAAUGAAUUUGUCUGCAGGUCUGAUGAUCACUGCAUCGAAAAAAUGCAGAAAUGUGAUUUUAAAUACGACUGCCCUGACAAAUCAGAUGAAGCAUCCUGUGGUAGGUGGAUUCUUAAAAUUUGUUUAAAUAUUGCCACAAAAUAGAAAAUACAAGUGUAAUCUCUAAGUAGCACAGCCUAGCAUCAUAGUUAGAUAUUUUCAACAUGAGUUAGGGCAACUUCUAAAUGUAACAGUUAUUCAUACAGAAAAUUGUAAUGGAAGAAUCAGAAUGCAUUUUCUGCCAGGCCCAGUAAGUGGUAAGUGUCUUUAGAUUAAUGUUCUGGAUUCAAAACUAUCGUUUUCACAAACUUUACUUGACUCUGGGAGUAGCAUUUAGUAGCUCUUUCCAUCCAUUC